AUGGGUCAUGUUAAGCUCGCGAGUCUACUCGUAAAGCUACACAGAGUUCCAUCUGGUUGGCUCUGUCUCCAUCCCCGACCGGACCGUUCCAUCAGCCAUGUCGGAGGACACAAACGACAGAUCAAGCUCGUAAGAUCCGACGGUUCCUCCGAACUCUACGACCGUCCCGUAGUGGUCUCAGAGCUCACAAGAGACUUCCCAAAGCACAAAAUCUGCAGAUCAGACUCACUCUACAUAGGUCAGAAAACUCCAGUUAUGUCUGAAACCGACACGCUUAAGCUCGGACUCAACUACUUUCUCCUUCCGUCUGAUUUCUUUACAAACGAUCUUACCUUCCUCACUAUAGCCGCGUUGAAACCUCCUCAAAACGGAGGCGUUUUGGUGAGAAAAUCUGUAGGGAGUUAUCAGCAGCAGCCGUUUUUUAUACAGAAGGGAGGAACAGGAGAGAAGCUAAAGAUUCGUGUGUCUGAAGAGUUCAUGUCGGAGUUAAUGAUGGAAGGAAAAAUAUACAAAGAAAAGGAAGAAGAAGAAGAAGAAAGAGAGAGCAAGGAGAGAGUUUGUACGACGGUGAAGUUAAGGAAAGACUACGUUCAGUUAGUUUCUUUAAGAAAAUGGAAACCAAAGCUAGAGACAAUAAGAGAGACGAAGGCAACGGUUGAGAAGAAGAAGAAGAAGAGAAAGAAGUUUUCUAUGAUGAAGAAGAGAUCAUCAUGCAGAGAUUCUUCUUUGAAUGAUUCAUGUGGGAAGCGUAAGCUUCAAUCCAAGUUCAAGUCCAAAACUAAGAAAGCUAUUUUGAGAAAAUUAGCUUAGUUUUUGUGUUAAAGAAAUUAGCAGAUUGUGUACGUGUUGAUAAUACAUAGAAGAAAUUGUGAAAUUAUGUGAAUAAUAUGAUAAAAAAAAAUUAACUAAAGGAUACAAAUCUUUUCCAAAACGUUUGGAUUUCACUGGUUUUGUGAUAAUUGAAUCAAAGAACUAAAUUCUAAACGAUGUGUUGUAACUACUAUUCAUUAUUGUUGAA